AUGUUUCACUUCUACUGGCCGCCACUCAUGUUCCUAGCCAUGUUUGUGCUAGGCGUGAUCAUGGCGUUGCUGCGCUACGGACCUCGCUUCCUCAAGAUGCGACACACGGCACGGCCGGACGAAGCUGACUGGCAGGACAAGACUUACGAGCAAAGAGUCUCUUAUGCUUGAAUGCCAAGUUUGUAUUAUAUUUAGAAGUAAGCAGGUUUCUGGAUAUUUAGAUUAAGUUUGACUGAGGUUUUAUAGAUCUGUUGUUUACCAUGACUAAAGAAUUGCAUAAUUCAUAUAACGACAUUUUAAUAAUUUGAAGCAAAAUUUACUGGAUUGUUUUUAUUUAUAGUACCAGUAAGCCAACAUCACACAAAAAUAUGUGUAAAUGUUCAAUUGUUAUAGAUUGUAGUGCAAUAUUCUCAGGUUUAAAAGUAUUUGCGAGUUGUGUGAUAAAAGAACUGGUUGCACUGUUUAGUGCCUUAGCAAUCCGUCCAAUACGUCUUUGAACAAAAAUAUCUUGACACUUAAAAGAGUGUUUUGAAUAGAAUGAUCAAUUUUGUACUUAUGUUCUCUCCACCCCACCCGCCUUUAACUGUGUAAGAAUUCUCAAAAGUAAUGAACUAAGUUGAGAAAAAGUUUUCUUAAGAUAUUUAUUUCACAUACACCUUUUAUUACUUUUUAGGGAAGACAUUCCAAUAUUAUUAGGUUUAUUGUAUUUUUUAUUCCAUUUUACAAUUGAUAUGUCUUGUAUUUUUACACCUCUCUGAUUAAUUUGAAUUCUCAAUCAUGUAUUUUGUACUCCGUCCAUUGUUUUUAUAGUAUUCUACCUUAUAAUUGUUGUUAAUAAAUAAUAUGCAAAGUGUAUGUCAAUUUAUAAGUGUUAUUAUAUUUUAUAUUUUUAUGAAACUAUAUCGCCUUAACAUAUUUACACAUUAGAAAUUAUGUUGUGAUAUUAAUGCAGAAUAUUCUAUUGCCAGCAAAUGUAUUUACUGAUCAUAAUUUUUAUAAAAUAGGUAGACAAAAAUUUUGUAUUUUUAUAAUUUUUUUAGCUUAAAAAUUAUGGAACAUAGUAUAUGUGUAGUUUAAAAAACUCAUUGAGUGGGUUUAAUAAGGCUUGCUACUUCACAUAAACGCACAUGCGUAACAAUUUCAUGUAUUCAACUAACACGAACAAAUAAAUAUUUUUAACUCCUGAUAAAA